AUGCAGGCCGAGACGUCUACGGUAUCACUCACGCCCCACACGGCGCCUAGUCACCAAGCCCUCACCUUGGUGGGACGCAGUUGGGCGGGAGACGGCACUUCCUGCUUCGUCCCCGAACUCCACUGCCUCUGGGAUUGUGGUGCCGUCGUCACGCCCCGGACGCCCCACGCCAUUUUCAUUACCCACACACACGCGGAUCACGUACAAAUGCUUCCUUACCUACUCCACCGGGCCACCGUCACGGAUCAACCGAUCCCUCUCUACCUGCCCGCGGCUUUUGUGUCCCGGCUACGCGACUACCUACACGCACACCAGCACUUGGUCCAAAGCGGUGGUGACGACGACGACGAUAAUGAUACCGAUUAUACCGAUACAGACACCAAAAUGUCGUACUCCCGACCCUUGUACGAACGGUGUACUCUCGUGCCUGUACAGCCCGGGGACGAACUGACCGUGCGGAUUCCGGCACGACGUGACCCACUGCUCGUGCGUGUCGUGGCCUGCCACCACCGGAUAGACUGUGUAGGGUACAGUUGUUGGGAGCAGCAAACUACGCUGCGACCAGAAUACCGUGGACAAGAUGUUGCGGCACUCCGGAAACAGAUGGCUGCGGAUGCUUUGUUCCGAACGACCCGGCGGCCUCUGUUUUGUUUUCUCGGCGAUACCACGCACCGGGUAUGGACGCAACACGCCGAAUUGCUCCAACAGCACCACGUCAUUGUGGUGGAAUGUACCUUCCUCGACAAUGCGACGGUGAACAAGGCCGUGGCGACCCGGCAUAUGCACUGGAAGGAGUUGCAACCGAUUGUAAACGCUCAUCCCAACGUUUGGUUCGUCCUUCUACACGGCAGUCUCCGGUACUCCAGUCUGCAGCGCUUGCGCUUUUUUCAACCACCCGACGUGUGCCCGCACCGUAACGUCCACGUACUGGUGCGGCCGGAAGACGUGGCCCGGGAAUGGCAACGGGAACGAGACAAGAAUGCCAACAAAACGAAUGUUCGGUCGGAGGAAGCGGAAGAGCUGGCACCACCGACGUGUCAGUGCGUACGCUGUCAACCGUCUACUGGAGUUUAG